UUUCACGACAACACACAGCCCAUGUAUCCAUCCUCGACGCUGUAGCCCUCUUUCAUAUAUAAACACCAUGCUCUCUUUGUCGCUCCUCGUCCUCUGCUUCGUACCCGACCUCGCAGCCGCCCAGUCCCAGUACUCAGCGAUCCCGAGAUGGGGUCAAGCCGUAGCCCUGGUUGCAAAUACCCUCUAUAUACACGGCGGACGAACGGACCCGUACAACGCUUUCUCCUACAGCUCUGCGCCGCCAAACAACGACCUGCUCUCCUUGUCCCUCGCCUCUUCUUUUGAUCUCACCUCGCCGCCCAUCCAGUACGUCGGGGGCUGCGAGAACUGCUCUUCUUCGCAAGGUCCGGCAGUCGCAUGGCAUACACUCACCCCCUUCAACACUUCCACCCUCCUCCUCUUUGGUGGAGACCCUGGUCCCAACUCUCCCGUAGUGCUGCCUGACAGGAACGACUCGGCGGUGCUCCUCAACGUGCCAAGCUCAGCGAACGCUACCUGGGACUUUGAGACGGACUCAUGGGCCAAUGAACCGAUGCGCAGGAUGUACCACUCUGCAGUCGAGGCGCUUGGGAUGGUAUGGAUUGUAGGAGGGGAAAAGGCAGACGGCUCUGGCAGUGCAUUCUCUGAACACUACGUCUUCAACCCGAACGGUCCAUCCUUCACUCUCCUUCCCUCUGCGAACGGACCUCCGGACAUUACAGGCCACCAGUCUGCCGUGCUCUCUGACGGAAAAUUGCUCGUCUUUGGAGGCUAUUCCCCGUCAGAGGAGUCUUUGAUCCCCCUCAGCACCAUAUGGUCUCUCGAUCUCACGCAACCAUCCAGCCUCACCUGGUCCACUCUAUCCGUGUCUACCUCCUCUGUGCCUCCUCCGCGUCGCAACUUUGCAGCAACCGUCCUAGAUUCAGGUCAAGUCCUCAUCCAGGGCGGUGCCGAUGCGGUCCUCCAGAACAGCUUCAGCGACGGCUGGGUCCUCGACACGACGCAGUCUCCCAUGGUGUGGUCCAACGUCAGUGCGCUUACACAGCUCGGUCCCAGGCGCGACCACUUCGCCGUCGGCCUGGGCACUGCCGCUAUCAUGGGCUUCGGCUACGCGCAGAACGGCGCAGCACCGGCGUCUCUCGCCGUCUUCGACCUGUCCUCGGGCGCGUUCCAGACUGCAUACACGCCCCUGGCCGCCGUCACGAGCCCCACGGCGACGACGCUGCCCGUGCCUGGCCAGACAGGAACGACGACAGGCACCGCUUUGCCCCCCACUGCGGGCUGGCCCGCGCCGAGUGCGUCGACUACUGCAGGAGGUGGCGGCGGGGGCAAUCCCAACCAGGGCGGCCCUGGAGGUAGCGGAAACGGGAACGGCAAUGGGAACGGAAACGGUAAUGGGAAUGGGAAUGGGAACGGGAAUGGCAAUGGGGGCGGCAAUGGAAAUGGCGGGGACCCUUCAUCCACAGGUGCUGAUGCGAAGAGCCACACCACGACAGUCGCACUGGCCAGCACCUUCGGCGCUCUCGCCCUCCUGGUAGGCGGCGCCGCCGCCACUUGGUACAUCAGACGCCGCCGGUCACAGGAAAGCUUCCAUCUCCUCAGCGACUCUGCAGACGAGGAAAGCUCGUACGGCCGUCGCCCUAUCCCGGUCGCUGGCAUGGCAGGCACCCGAGAAAAGGGCCUGCCGCGCGUGCCUGUCGUUCGCUCCGUGCGGGAUAGGCUGAGCAGGGUCGUGCCUGGACUUGCCACGGCCCAGGAUCGGCAGGAACGCCGCGACAUGCUCGCCGACGAAGACACACGCGAGUUCGACGAAGAUGGCUGGCACCAUGUUCGUCGCAACCCGAGCGGCGGAGGGGCUUUCGGGCGACGUCCGACGCUCGAGAGGGUUUAUGACUCUCUGGCCUCCCUGCGUACCGUCGGUGGCGCCAUGAUCGAGUACGCCGCAGGUGCUGCGGCUGCGGGCACACGGAGCCUGAAGUCAAGAGAACCGAGCACCGCGUCCAAGGCAACGACCUUGGAUGCUGCCAUCUGGGACGAGAAGCGUACGAGUCCGUUCGACCCGUACAGAGACGAUUUCGGCGUCUCUGCAUACCCUGCACCACCGUUGAACGCUUCCCGGCCCCGAGGUGGACGGCAGGAAUCAUCUUACACUUACGUUGACCCCUUCGAUGAUUGCGACGUAGAAUCUCUCAAGUACGACUCGGAUGCUGUCUACCGUGACGACGAGGAUGAUGAGGUUCGAGGGUACCCAUCACUACGCGACCCACCUCCAUUGCCGAAGUUCCAAUCCCUGCGUCUCCCCGCGACAUUGGACUUGACACGACUGACCCCUGUCACCGAGCGGUCGUCGCUGCCAACUCUCACGGACCUCGCAACAUCCUCGGAAUCUUCCCUGACAGCUCCGAUGCCACGCAGCCCCGCGGUCGUCUCCUCAUCGUCGUCGACUUCCCACGAUCCACCACACUCCCCCCGGCGCCCGUCAUCCAUCAUCGACGCGAAUCCGCCGCCGCAGGGUCAGCUCGUCAAGCGGUCGAACAGCUGGUGGGCGCGCUUCGCCAAGGCGCCGCUCCUCGACCGUCGCGGGAGCAGCUCGAGCCGCGCGCAGCGGCCGUUCGAGUUCCGCGACCCGAACCAGCCGCCGCGGCUGCUGCCCAUCGAGGAGUCGAUGCGUUCCACCUCGCCCGACAGCCCAGAAGGGAAGCGCAAGAGCGGCAGCGGCGGUGGUGUGCACGCCCAGCAGCAACAACAGCAACAGCGCCUCGCGACGCACCACCACGGCCGCUCCGCGUCGUCCCUCCAGACCGCACGCACGGCAGACUCGGCCGCGCUCGAGCGCGUCGCCACCUCCUACCAGAUCGUGCAGAAGGAAGCCUCCACCGCGGGCUCGUCCCAACGCGGCAGCACCGGGGGCAGCAUCACCGGCGGCGGCCCCAGCCGCGAGGUCUCCUCGACGACGACGACGACGACCCACUCCGCCGGCUCCGCAGACGGCGGCGGUCUCCCCCCUCUAGGCGAGUUCGGCGGCCGCGAGCGUCCGCGGGCACAUCGGGCUGAGGAGGGCGAGCAGCACGCGCUGGCCCUCGUGCUCGAGAGCUCGGCAGAGGCGCUCGUGCGUUCGCCCGUGGGCAUGACGCACGCAGAGACGGCGGCGAUGGUGCUCUCGCCCGACGCGCCACCCUCGCCGCGGCGCACGCCGCCGUCGCCCCCGCAGCGCCGCUCGCCGGGCGGGAGCGUCGUCUCCGAGCGCGUGCAGGCGUACGAGCGCCGCGCGUCGCUGCAGCUACAGGACUCGCCGCCGCGGCCGGUCCCCGCGCGCACGCGCCUCAGCUCGACGUACGGCCUCGCGCCGAAGCCGUCGCUCUUCGUCGCGAACCCGGAUCACAGGCAUGGCGGGUCGGGCGAUUCGUAGCGCUCGUGCUGCGACCCCCUUGCGUUUUGUCUCUUUGCUUGCUUGCUUGGUUUUUUUUAGAGUGGAACCUUAUAGAUCAUGGACCCCUUUGGUUUUAAUUCGCUUUCGUGUUUUUUCUUGUAUGACCAGUCGCUGCUUGCUUCGUUCUUCUGCCCCUAAGCUUAUUGUGGUAUGUCUUUACGACCCAUUCAUGACCUGCUCCAUUCACGAUGUUUUUCAUGACUAUACAUGGGACACCUUGUUGUUGCCUUACUAGCCUUUUCUUGCUGUCGCCCCCUUGUUUUCUUGUGUGUUCGAGUAGUAGCUGCAGUGACAGACCUAGCGCGAUGUUGUACUGAUGUACGGUACCACCUGUAACGAUGAUAGAAACAAACGACAUUAUUACAUAUCGAGUUACCAACAGGAGGUUGCUAGCGAUACAUAAGUCCGCGGGACUCUGCUACUGCUACAAAAUGGGGGCCUGGACGGUCCACGCGCGUCCGAUGUACCGUGGCAAAAAGUGAAGAAAGAGUGUCCUAUUGCACAAACACCUACGUGGCAUACUACAUAUCUGAGCAUACACAUCAUAGUUUCCAGUGCAUGACUUUCUUGAGGUCGUGCCACCGCAGCCGCAUCCCCUUCUCGGCUUCGGUGAAGAUAAAGUCCCAUUUCACGAUGAGGUCGCCCUUGCCUACGAUCUUGCCAUGUUUCCGAAUGGGCAUCCCCGCGCCGACGAUGCGCGACCCGCCAGCAGCCGCGGCGAGCGAGCGCGGGAUGGGCAGCGCGUACUCGUUCCCGUUGAGCGCCUUGACAUAGACAUGGUCCUCCCGGACCGCGGCGGCGGCGGCACCGCCGUCAUCUGUGCAGUCCGACGCGGUCGACUCCGGGCGGCGCUCGCGCCAGGGGACCUGCACGGCGAGCACGAGGUCGUCGCCGGCGCGCGCGAAGUCGGGGUCCGGCGCCUGGUCGACGACGAAGACGAUGUCCUGGAAGGUGCCGUCCGCGCGCUCGUUGCCGACGCCGGGCACGCGCACCGUCGUGCCGUCGCGCCAGCCCGGCGAGACCCGCACGUCGAGCCGCACGCGCUGCGUGUGCCCGUCGCGCAGCGUCCGCGUCACGCUGUACCGCUGCGUGCCCCCCGCGUAGAGCUCCUCGAGCGUGAGAGGCAGCGCGAAGACCCAGUCGCCCUCCGCCGCGUCGUGCCCCUCUGCCCGCGCACGGGGAUGCAGGGCGUGCAAGGGCGUGCCCAGGUCGGCGUGGGUGACAAACUCGAAAUCGGUGUCUUCCGUCUCGUGGUGGUGUGUGGUGCGGUGUCGCUUGUGCGGAUGGUCCUCGUCGUCGGACGCGUCGUGACGAUGAGAUCGCAGAUGGGAGGUGCUCCCACGUUCAUCCCGAUCCGGACGCAACGGUGGUUGUUUCGAGAGCUUGCUCGGCUUCUUCGCCGGUGGUGGGUCAGGUGGACGAUGAGAUUUCUCUUUCGUGCGGUGCUUCGGACGGUCGUGAUCCUCGUGGUGGGGUUUCGAAGUGGCCGGAUGAGCCUUGUCACCGUGUUCGCUUCGUGCAGAGCUGGAGCUCGCCAUCGAACUCGCCGAGUGUGUAGACUCAGCAGUCGACUUGGGAGGAGGAGGAGGCUUCGCUUUGCGUCCCUUGCGCUUGUGCUUCCGGCGACAUUCGUCGAGCAAGUGAAGAUACGCAUCCUUGAUCUCCACGAACUUCUCUUGUGCUUCGUCUUUGUGGUCUUGGUGCCGGUCAGGGUGCCAUUUCAGCGCCAGCUUUUUGUAUGCCGACCGAAUCUCCUCUUCGGUGGCGCCCUUCUCGAGCUCAAGAACGGCAUAAUAGUCCAUCUUGGAUACUGCUAUAGGCAUUAGAGAUAUACGGUACAGCGUUGAGAGAGCGUCUGGGUGUGCAGCAGUGGGAAUGGUGGUGGUACAACG